AUGUCGAAUGAGGUGACAGUAGACUCUUCGCCAGGUCCCGGCCUGGUGUACAUCUCAAGAUCGAAGCUCGACCUACGGUCCGACGAUGAAAUUGCCACGCAACUUAAAUCUUAUAAAGAGGUGACAUCCUCAGACAAAAAUGUAUGGGCCUUUUGGAAUACUGGCUUCGAUACAAUGCACCCAUGGACACAGCGCAAUGUCAUAAACUGGGUUCGACGCUUAGGACCUUCGUGGACAGUGCGCGUCUUGGACAAAGUGCCUGGGUCACCGGUGCACGUCUCAAAGUUUAUACCAGCUGAACAGCUGCCAGAACCUUUCAAUGCUGGUACGAUGACAGGUCCAAAUGUCGGACCACAUUCCGGAGACAUGGUGCGUUUGCCACUUUUGUAUCUGUACGGGGGAGUUUGGAUGGACGUGGGAAUGAUGCUAUUUAGGCAUCUGGAUGAUACUUGUUGGAAUGCCAUUGAAGAUUCUUCAAACUCCUAUGAGAUGGCUGGAAUGUCUAUUGAGAUCAAUCCUGGAGCAACGAACAUGCUCAAUGGUUUCAUUGCGGCGAAACGUGGCAAUGGAUUCAUUAAACGAUGGCAUGAUAUAUACAUGGAAAUAUGGAAGGAUGGCCGAACGGAGCAAACUGGACUACACAAACAUCCAUUACUGACUCAUCUUCCUAUCCUCUACGCGCCAACCAACCAUCUCAAUCUACCCGGUGCCUUGAAAAUUGGACCCGAAGAUUUCACCGACUAUUUGGGCCACUUUCAGUGUUUUGAGCGUCUACGAAAGCUUGUAGACCCUGUAGAUGGGUUUGAUGGACCAAAGUACCAUCGUGAAAAUAUUUUUAUGCUUCCGGCCAUGACCGAAACAUGGAAGUUCCAACUUCUUACGGCAUGGAACGGUAAAAGACAAUUCGAGCUUUUGAGCACUAAGAAAAAUGUCAAAGAUGACUCCGACAAGACGGAGCUCUAUGAGGAAGCCAAUGGCUUCGUUUUUGACUUGCUUGCCAACACAUCAACGAUGAAACUGUCACAUGGUCCCCCGGGGGCUCUUGAUUCUUUUCUUGCCGAUAUAUGGGACCACAAAGAUAAUCACGACAAGGAUAUUGAGCCUGGAACUUUCGCUGAGUUCCUUCGUUAUGGCAGCGUUCACUUCGAUCAGACACGUUUACUAAAUCCGGCCCCAGUGCCUUUGUCUGACGAAAAAACCUUCAACAUUUCUGUUUUACAGCCGUACACAGAAUAA